AUGUACCGUAUAUUAACCCGACCAACCGUUCGUGUGGCCAAUGUUCAGAAACGGUUGCUUAUAAGCACAACGAAUUUGCUGGCGGAAACCCCAUCGGGCAAGGCACCAGGCUUUCCACAACAAGCCCCACAGACUGGAGCAUCCAACUCUUCUUCAACUACCGCUCCUUCUCCGACUCAUACACGUGCAGCUAGCCCGGCAGAUGGAGAAGCUGCAGCUCUUGCAAUCCAAUCUAUAAAGGAUAUCGGAUCCAUUCUCUCCUCCUCUCCACCUGGAGAAGAUGAUGAAACUCAGCCAAUCGAUUCCAAACCAGUGUGGGAAAACCCUGCUCUCUUUGGUACUUUGAGCUUACUUCACCAGGGGCAAGUGCAAAAGGAACUUCAAGAGAAAUUUGAUCGUCUGUGGCAUAAGCUUUCUAUCAAGGACAAGAAACUUGGAUAUUACAUGGCGUAUGGGAACUGGGGGGUUCGUGAAGAAUUCGAUAAUUGGAAAUCUGCUCAAUCUCCACCACUUGAUCUUCCCUUCACUAUUCCGCUGAAGGUUCAAACUCUGACCCCAUCACCAGAGACUCCUGUGCAUAAGACUGAACCAGCCGUUGUUCUUGCGGAGACCGCAGUCCGUAAGCCACAAUUCGAUACCAAAAAGAUUGAUCCAGUGACCAAGUUCUUUCUCUACAUGAUUGUUUUUGUUGCCAUGUUGGCCAUUCAUCGUGACAAGACCAUUGGGGAAGAGGGACGUCCAGUCGAGCAAAUCAUUGCCGACCCUUAUGAAGAACUCCGCAAAGCCGAGGCACGUGCUGAAGCUGAACGUCAACGCCUUUUAGAGGAGGAAAGAUUAAGAAGAAAGUGGUAUUACCUCUGGUUGAGGUAA